UACAGUUUUUGGAUUUGAACCUAUUGGACCUUGCAUUAUGUGGUCAGAUUACAGGCAUUUUUGGAAAAUGUUCUGCAUUCAAGUUUUACCCUGAAGAUCUUCCAAAACAACACUGUGUAAUGAAGGAUUUGCAGUGACACCAGUAAAACAAAUCCUGAGCAUUAUUCAGACGUAACAGUUUUGGCAAAAUGGAAAAUAGCAGCAAGUUUGACAGCCCUACUAAUAUCUCCUUGGCUAACCAUGACAUGGUUUUUAGCAUGAUUGAGUACAAAGCUAUCUCUGUUUUCCUUGUUUUAUUUAUAUGUGGCAUUGGAAUAAUUGGAAACAUCAUGGUGGUUCUGGUUGUGUUCACCACUCGAGAUAUGAGAACCCCAACAAACUGUUACUUAGUUAGCCUGGCGGUGGCUGAUCUAAUGGUUUUGGUAGCUGCUGGAUUGCCCAACGUGUCAGACAGUUUGGCAGGCACGUGGGUUUAUGGGCAUGCUGGCUGCCUGGGAAUAACCUAUUUCCAGUAUCUGGGAAUCAACGCCUCAUCGUGUUCCAUCACAGCAUUCACUGUUGAGAGAUACAUUGCAAUUUGCCAUCCAAUGAGAGCACAGACUGUCUGCACUGUAUCCCGGGCUAAACGCAUUAUUGCCAUUGUUUGGAUCUUUACUUCAAUUUACUGUAUGUUUUGGUUCUUUCUGGUGGAUAUCCACGUGAACAAGAGUCAACAAGUGGAGUGCGGCUACAAGGUCUCUAGAAACCUCUACUUGCCGAUCUAUUUAGCUGACUUUGCAAUAUUUUAUGUCACACCACUGCUUGUAGCCACCAUCCUUUAUGGUCUGAUUGGCAGAAUUUUGUUUCUCAGUCCCAUUCCUCAGCACCCUGAGAGCACAACUGAGCGCUGGAGAGAGAAAAGUUCCAAAGAAAAAACCGAGUCAGAGACAGAAGGCAACAAACCCAGCAAUCGUCUCAAAACAAAGGGGGCCCUGAGCUCCAGAAAACAGGUAACAAAAAUGUUGGCAGUUGUGGUUGUUUUAUUUGCACUUCUCUGGAUGCCCUACCGAACCUUGGUUUUGGUCAACUCCUUUAUGGACAAACCUUACCUAGAUCCUUGGUUCCUUCUUUUUUGCCGCAUUUGUGUCUAUGCCAACAGUGCCAUCAACCCUGUCAUCUACAAUCUUAUGUCCCAGAAGUUUCGUACUGCCUUUAAAAGACUAUGUAAGUGUGGGCAUGAGGCCCAAAGAAGAAGCAUUUACAUGACAACUACAAGUUACAGUAUGGUAAAAGAUGGUGUCAACACUGGUGGGGAAAAGAAGGAGAAGCAAUCUCUUGAGAAAACAAAUAUAAUUGCCAAACAGACAAAUAAAGCAGGUCCUGAAGGUGAUCUCUACUACAGUGUGGUUUAACUUGUAAUGUCCAUGUUAUGUGCCUUCAUUAAUAUCAACAUACCUGGAAAAUAAUCUUUAUUCCAAGUAAAAACUUUUGUUAAUUUCAGAAAAAACCCUUUACAUUUUUGUCCAAUGAAAUGCAAAAGGGCAAGAAGAUAUAAGUUCAAGGUAUUGGUCAUUAAUGGGGGUAUAUCCAGUGCCCAAUAAAUUCUAUAUAUUUAGAGCUCUGAUAGCAACAUUGACCUAAACUUCUUUUCCCUUGAGAUACCUAAUUCAGCCCUAGCUUUAAGGCAUUUAUUGCUUGUCACCUUCAGACCAAUCACCAACUUAGCCAUAAAAACAGCCAUCUAAUCAGUUUGUAAGUAACCAGAAUAAUUACAAUGCCCACUUCGCUAAUGUAUUUUCUGACAAGGAACUUUUUAUUACUGUUAGUAAAAAAAAGGAACUUCUGCAGGUGCCACAGAUAUAGAGUUGUCAGAGCAAAGUAACCAUUUUUCAUCACAGUAAAAAAAUCAUGCAUUUUUAUGUUAUAAGGGAGAUUGAGAUAAUGAUUCAAAAUGGCAGAAGUCAAGGAGUUACAGUACCCUCAAAUGUUUUGAUGCUGUUGAUGGACCUGACCCCAUUCUUGCUGUUCCUAUACAGAAUCUACACUUUUCUCUUGGGCUGAUAAUGCUAUGGGAUGUAAUCAGAAUAAGAUUUUAGGGUGAUUUCCUGUUUGAAAUAUUUUCAAAACACUGUAGCAUGGUGACUGCUACAAAUAUAUUUUAUGGGUCUAACCCUGUAGGAAACAUUUGGACUGCAAUGCUUAGAAUGCUUGAACUAAAAAAAGGCAAAAAUCUCUUCUUUACAGGUGACAUGACAAUGCGCAAGGUUAUUUUACUUAAACAAAUAAAUAGAUCGAAACUUCUAUAUAUUGUAGAUAUUGCACAGUUGUUUGGGCUUGAUAAUGAUAUUGUGGCAGUUAUGGUUAUGAAUAUAUAUUUAUUCAGCCAGAUCUUUGUUCUACUUUGUACUCUGCCAGCAUUUUAAAUAUUUUAUACUUUUUCCUUUAUGUUACGUGUUGCUAAUUCCUCUGACAAAAGGUUACACUUAAUUGCUAGACCUAAAAUAAAAUGACAAAAAUGCUCACUGAGUUCCAAGGCAGAUAAUCUUUUAUAUACAUAACUUUGCUAAGCAAGCUCAGUGCAUUAAGUCAUCUGUCCCCUAGCCUCACAGAGCAAUAGCCUUGGUCAGUGAACCCCCUUUUGAAAGAGUCAGAAGAAAAAAGCAAAUAAUUCAAAAUCUAUACAAAAUGUAAGAUGAAGGUCAGUUGAAAUGUUGGUAAGAGUUCUAUAACAUACUAAACAUUACUAAAAGUGUACUUGAAGUUGAACUACCACUUUAGACAGCCAGACAUAAUUAUAACUCACAUGACAAAUGACCUCUUUAGUAAAUGAAACAAUGGGCAUGGGUUCCCUAUUAUUUAAUUCAGCUGAAUCUUAGUGAAAAAGCAACUCUUGUAUAUAAACUGCUAUAAUAACCACACAGAGAACAGCUUACCAUUUAGAGGAGGCUAUAACAUUAUUUUUGUAUGUAAAUGAAAACAGUUCAGCAGCCCUAUGUAUAGAGACACACACAAAUUAAAAAAUUAUUUUGGGGGCUUAUUAAAAAUUUUAUCCAAAUAUAUAUAUAUAUAUAAUAAUAUUAGGACUAUUUGUGUUCACCAAAGACCAAUAUACUUCUAUUUUUUUUUUACAAAUGGAGGGGAAAAAGCCUGAAUACAGUGAAAUACAAACAACAUAUACUUAUUAUAUACUAAUAUACUUAUUAACACUUUGUUUAUGUUAGUGCCAUUUUGUAAAUUCUGUCUGAUUGACUCUGGUUUCAGGGACACAUGAGGACAGUAUGCAAGAAGAAUGAUUCCCAAGUUGAUGGUAUUUCUAAUUAGUAACCAUGUAUAUAAAUUCUUCUUAAGGUCUGCCUUAUAGAUACAUAUGUUGUUCACUAAAGUCCUGCUUUAAUAUAUCUGGGAAAGGGGUGUUCUAUGAUUUGUUUAGUCUCCAUAUAUUCCUCCAACCUGCUAUAUAUAUUUCAACAUUAAAAGCAGAAUGAAGAUGCACAUAAUGAAGUAUAUACAGCUAUUUCACAUCAUUGUUGCCAAUUUCCUUGAAAAAAAGGCUACGUGUAGAUGUAUCUCAGAACAUGGUAGGGUUGCAAGUGCAGUUGUGCUCCCCAAAGUCACUUUUAGGUAAAACUUGCUUCAAAAUGCGCUCAUUGAACUUCCAUAUAUUUGCACUCAGUCCUUCCUCCCUUUCCCUUUGGCCACUGACAUCACUUGCACAACAAACACCGGAAAUGUCGUCAGAUGGUCGCAUUGCCCUUUUUGAGACCAUGUUGACGCUGGAAAUCUGAGAAAAACACUGCAUUGUGGGAGAAAUAAAACUUGUUGAUUCCUCUUAAAAAUUGCACUUUGCUCACUGCACUUGAUGAACAUGUGUACUAGUGGAAUAUUAAUUUCUUUCCAAGGCUGACUAACCAUAGUCUUAUUUAUCACAUGCUAUACGCUUUACUUGUAGGAAACAGACGCUUUGGGAGGAUGCAAUAUACUGAACAUUGGUAUGCUAGGCUUCAGCAAGUUUCCCUGAGAUUUAGUUUAAUCAAACCACUGACACUUCUGGUACCAUUAGUGUCCCACUACAACAAGUGUUCUAUAGAAAUAACUUGUGACAAAACUAAAGGGGAAAUGUAAUAAAUAGCUUUAACAUAUAAUGUAGAAAUAAUAUAUGAUUUAUAUAAUU